AUGGAAGAAAACAAACAAAGCAACAGUAUGGUUAAUGGUAAUUUUGAAGAAGUUCCCAGCAAGGAGGUAACUGAGUUCAACCAUCCACUGUAGAGAUACUACUUUGUUAAAAAUUUAGUAGAUCAACCACCCAGGAAGGUUGCAGACUUGGGCUUCCGUGAUGCCACACUUAGAUGGAUGCUAAAAUUCCACAGUUGCCCUGAACAUCUUGUUGGAAUAGAUAUUAUUGCUGCGAAUUCCUUACAAUGGGAAGGGACUAAGUUGACUCCAACAGUGGGGGAUUAUCUAGCUCCUCGGGACCUGGAUUCGACUAUAACCUUGUAUCGUGCUUCUUCUGUACAGAAAGACUCUCGUUUGGGUGCCUGGACUCGUUUGCUUGGAUUUGACUUCACAACAUGUACUGAAUUGAUAGAAUACUUAGAUUCUGAAGAUCUGGAGUUUCCUGAAGUCAUAUUUGGGUACUUUUCUCUGGGUAUGGUUGUCAUCAGCACACCAAACUCUGAAUUCAAUCCGUUUCCAGCAUCAACCUUUAGAAAUCCAGAUCACAAAUUUGAGUGAAACAGAAUGCAGUUUCAGACGUGGGCUUUGGAUGUGGCAAAUCUCUACAAUUACUACAUCGAGUUUACUGGUAUGGAGGCUCCACCAGCAGGAGCUGAACAUGUUGGAUACUGUACCCAGAUAGGGCUCUUCCAGAAAAACAUAGCAAAGGCAACUGAAUCGUGCAUUUCAGAGCCAUAGGAACAUGUUCAUAAAGCUGUUUUUACAACCUCAUACCAGAGUUUACAGCAAAAAGAAUACCUCCUGCUUGUUCUGAGUGCCCAGGUGUUAAAAGCAGUCGACUCCAUGAAAGUCAGGUUUCUCCUGGAUCCGAAGAAAAAAGCUCAAGGAGCCCAAACAGAGCAGUCCCCCAAACCUUACAGUAUGGGAAAGGUUUUUGUUCCCCUGGAAAGACUCACUGCUUAUCCGAUGGUGAACCACUUGGUGGACAGUGUGGAGAAGCUGAGAACAUUGCUUGCUGAAGCAAUUCAACUAACAGAUCAAACUGCGGUGCAGGCAGACUUGAUUGAUUACCAUACACAAAAUCUCCUUGAGUCUUCAUGA